AUGAAUCCAAAUUAUCCAUCACUUUGGUCACAACCACAACCAUCAGCUGAUCCUUUGAAACCAGUCAUCGAUCCUGCUCCUCCUUAUGAAAGCCGCCCGAACAGCCUAGCCGAUCUCGGUGUGGCCGAUAUCCUCGAACGUUAUCAGCAUGACACUGAACUUUUAAAACACAUUCUUAUGGCAAAGGCCGAGGAAGACAAACGACGCGCAGCAGAGGAGAUACGGUUGGCUGAAGAAGCUCGUUUACAAGCAAAGUACCUUGAUUUGCUCGAAGGAAGCAGUCAACAUAGUCGUCGUACGAGUGAUUUGAUUGAAGGAUUUGACGCGCUUGGGAAUAAUGAGGCGCCGCAAGCUUGGUUCAACAACGGCGGCAGCAAUCUACCAAUGAUGUCACAGCAUGUCGAUAAGACACCUCCUUCACCUUCACCUACAAACUUCAUGCCACCACCUUCGCCCUAUACAAUGUUUGAUGUGCCUUUUGAGCAACUGACGAUCUCGUCAUCUCCUGAACCAAGCAAACAAAAAGCAAAUUCGAGUCAACGUAACAGCUUAAAUGUGCCAACCAUCGCCACUCCCACCACCACCAACAACAACAACAACGCCACCACAACACCCAAUACACAAACUACUCAUACGGAUUCGUUGACGCCACCAUCCCCGCCACCACCACCGCCACAUGCAGCUCCGCGUGAAAGACCAUGCAAAAGAACUCUUUCAAGAACGAGAUCACAGCGAAAAGGUCCUCCAAAAACAUCCACCAACAAACGAAAUAAGCGUGUAUCUCAACAACAACAGCUAUCAGAUGAUGAACAGCAACAACAAUCACAACAACCACAGCAGCAACAGCAACAACAACCACAGCAACAGCAACAGCAGCAACAGCAAACCACGGCUCCUGAAGAACCACAGCUUGAUCAUGGAAAGGUUAUGGAAGCCCUUCGUGCCAAACUACAAAGAUCAGCUGCUUUGCAACCUCAUCAACAACAACAACAUUUGAAACAGGAACAGCAAGAUCAAACACCCAAUAGCAUGUCACCCACAGGCAUCCUUUUGUUGGAUUUGAAGAACCCCAAUCGUAAAUCGUUCCCUACAAGAAAGCCGCAUGUAGCUGCAGUACGUCGACCACGACCUUUUGCAUCGGCUCACAAUUACUGUGAAUCCAGUGUCAAAAAGGAACAAGGGUAA